AUGUCGAUGGAAGGUUUACUAAAUAAUUUGCCCAGUCCACAAUUCAAUAGAGCCAACUUGGGGUUCAUACCACGAAGGAUAGUAAAAUGGAGAGUGACAGACUUGGCCCUUUUAGCGGUGUUGGUUAUUUCCUAUUUCUUUAUUUACCGAAUCAAACCAUUCCACAGGCAAUUUUACAUCAAUGAUAUCACUUUGCAGCACCCAUUUGCUGAAAGGGAGACAGUCAACAAUUUAGAACUAUUCAUAUACUCGACUUGGGUUCCAUUGGUGAUUGCACUUAUAACUUCUUUGAUUUUAACCAAACCAAAGUACAAAGUCUACAACACGUAUGUCGCUUGUUUGGGACUUUUACUAGCUGUACUUGUAACUUCGAAUGUUACAGAUAUCUUGAAGAACUUAAUUGGCCGCCACCGUCCCGACUUUUUAUCAAGAUGUAAACCAGACCCAUCAACCCCAAAAGAUGUUCUUGUAUCCAUAGAAGUUUGUACGUCAAAAGACACAGGGUUGUUAGAAGACGGAUAUAGGACUACGCCAUCGGGUCACUCUUCUAUUGGCUUUGCUGGAUUGGUGUAUCUUGCGUUGUUCUUGAUGGGACAAUUUCAAGCAAAUAGCACAAGAGUUGGAAGUUGGCGCACUUUGCUUUGUGGCUUUACACCACUAUUAGUUGCCUCCUUUAUUGCUUUGAGCAGAACUGAGGAUUAUCGACAUCACUUUGUGGAUGUUUUUAUUGGAAGUAUGUUGGGAUUGGUGAUUGGAUCGUGGUCGUACUUGAGAUUAUUUCCAUGGAUUUCCAACCCACAAAGCUAUAGCAAUUUGAUUAUGAUUGCAGAAGAGGAAGAAGAUGCCGAAAAUCGCCAUAAAGUAGGCGACGUCGUGAUCGAUGGCGAAGCUGACACAAUGUUAGAGGAUGUUUAA